AUGGCGGCGCCCCCUCCGAGGAGACGGGCUGAGGUUGAGGUCACCUUUGAGGACAUUGCCCUGUACUUCUCCAGGGAGGAAUGGAGCCUUCUUGAUGAGGAUCAGAGACAGCUGUACCUGAAUGUGAUGCUGGAGAACUUUGAACUUCUAUCCUCCCUGGGAUAUCAUCAGAGAGUUCACACAGGAGAAAAGCCUUAUAAAUGCAGUAAAUGUGGGAAUUCUUUUACCACUAACAAUCUCCUUCAUACUCAUCAGAGAGUUCACACAGGAGAAAAGCCUUAUAAAUGCAAUGAAUGUGGAAAGUCUUUUUCCCAUCGUCCUGGUCUCCAAUAUCAUCAGAGAGUUCACAUAGGAGAAAAGCCUUUUCAAUGCAGUGAAUGUGGGAAAUCUUUUACCGGGAACAGUGAUCUUCGUCGUCAUCAGAUAGUUCAUACAGGAGAAAAGCCUUAUAAAUGCAGUGAAUGUGAAAAGUCUUUUUCCAGUCCCUCUGGUCUCCAAUAUCAUCAGAGAGUUCACACAGGAGAAAAGCCUUUUCCAUGCAGUGAAUGUGGGAAAUAUUUUACCGGGAACAGUGAUCUUCGUCGUCAUCAGAUAGUUCAUACAGGAGAAAAGCCUUUUAAAUGCAGUGAAUGUGGAAAGUCUUUUUCCCGUCGCCUUGGUCUCCAAUAUCAUCAGAGAAUUCACACAGGAGAAAAGCCUUAUAAAUGCAGUAAAUGUGGGAAUUCUUUUACCACUAACAAUCUCCUUCAUACUCAUCAGAGAGUUCACACAGGAGAAAAGCCUUAUAAAUGCAAUGAAUGUGGAAAGUCUUUUUCCCAUCGUCCUGGUCUCCAAUAUCAUCAGAGAGUUCACACAGGAGAAAAGCCUUUUCAAUGCAGUGAAUGUGGGAAAUCUUUUACCGGGAACAGUGAUCUUCGUCGUCAUCAGAUAGUUCAUACAGGAGAAAAGCCUUUUAAAUGCAGUGAAUGUGGAAAGUCUUUUUCCCUUCGCCUUGCUCUCCAACAUCAUCAGAGAGUUCACACAGGAGAAAAGCCUUUUCCAUGCAGUGAAUGUGGGAAAUCUUUUAAAAGUAGGAAAGGUCUUCAAUAUCACAGAGCUUACACUGGAGAAAGACAUUAUGAGUGCAAUUAAUGUGAGAUAUCUCCCAGUCUAAUUUGUAAAUUAGCUUUACAGAAAAGACUCCGGAUGUGGUAAGGUUUUUAGAUGUGUAGGAAAUGUAGUUUGUUACUUAGGACUUAACAAUUGUAUAAGAAAGUAAGUAAAGUCUCAUUAGUCUGAAUUAAUAUCUCGUACAUUUGAUCACCUACAUUAUGUAACGUCCCCACAACUGUUUCUGCUGUUCUAUUUCUUUGUUUUUAUAUUGGAAGUAUACAUAUCUAUGUUGUAUUUUCUAACAUACAGAGAUGUCCUGCCAUAUCUCUGUCACUGCAUAUUUCUGU